AUGAUUAUCGAAGCACCGCUUUGUCAAAGAUGCUGCUUUUGCCUGCCUCUUCGAAGGGGUAUUAUCGCGUUCGGAUACUUUAAUAUUCUUUGGUCGACUUUCAUGACAGCGUUCAUGAUUUUCACGGACCAUACCAUUCUUCUUAUACACGGGACGGCGCAAGACUGGGGUGAACCUGCAGCUUAUAUUGCUAGAAUUAUGGAUAUAGUGUUAAGCGCGGUCUUGGUUUUUGGCGGCCAUAAGAAUUUGACAGUCUGCCUCAAAGUAUUCUUCUAUUAUACAUGUUUAACAUUACUAGCCAUAUUCGUUAUCCAGAUAUAUGCCUUAACUAAAUUAUUUUACUACAAUUCAGCAAUUGAGACAGGGUUGUUCAUCAUCAGUACAAUUAUUCAUGUGUACCUACUACUGCAAAUAAACAGUUUAAUAAACAAAAUAAACAAAACUACAUUCGAAACAGGAUAUGAGAAUCAGUUGGGUGAAUUUGGUGCGAAACACAUUGAAAUUAAAAAUGGUUCCACCGAUGCUACUGUACACAUCGAAUGA